UUGAGGGACCCGUUAUUGGUAUUGACUUGGGUACUACUUACAGUUGUGUUGGUGUUUUUAAGAAUGGAAGAGUUGAAAUAUUAAACAAUGAAUUAGGUAAUCGUAUUACACCUUCAUAUGUUUCUUUUGUUGAUGGAGAAAGGAAGGUUGGUGAAGCAGCUAAAUUAGAAGCUACAUUACAUCCUACUCAAACAGUAUUUGAUGUAAAGAGAUUAAUAGGAAGAAAAUUUGAUGACCAAGAAGUUGUGAAAGAUCGUUCUUUAUUACCAUAUGAAAUAGUAAAUAACCAAGGAAAGCCAAAUAUUAAAGUACAAAUAAAAGAUAAAGAUACUACUUUUGCUCCUGAACAAAUUAGUGCUAUGGUUUUAGAAAAAAUGAAAGAAAUAGCUCAAUCAUUUUUAGGUAAACCAGUAAAGAAUGCUGUGGUUACUGUCCCUGCUUAUUUCAAUGAUGCUCAAAGACAAGCAACAAAAGAUGCUGGUACUAUUGCUGGAUUGAAUAUUGUUCGUAUUAUCAAUGAACCAACUGCUGCUGCUUUAGCAUAUGGUUUAGAUAAGAAAGAAGAAACGAGUAUUUUAGUAUACGAUUUAGGUGGUGGUACUUUUGAUGUAUCUAUUCUUGUUAUUGAUAAUGGUGUUUUUGAAGUAUAUGCUACUGCUGGUAAUACACAUUUAGGAGGUGAAGAUUUUGAUCAAAGAGUUAUGGAUUAUUUUAUUAAAAUGUUCAAGAAAAAGAACAAUAUCGAUUUAAGAACUGACAAAAGAGCUAUUCAAAAAUUAAGAAAAGAAGUUGAAAUCGCAAAAAGAAACUUAUCUGUUGUUCACUCAACACAAAUUGAAAUUGAAGAUAUAGUUGAAGGACAUAAUUUUUCUGAAACAUUAACAAGAGCUAAAUUUGAAGAAUUGAAUGAUGACUUAUUUAGAGAAACAUUAGAACCUGUAAAGAAAGUUUUAGAUGAUGCUAAAUAUGAAAAAAGUAAAAUUGAUGAAAUUGUUUUAGUAGGAGGUUCAACACGUAUUCCAAAAAUUCAACAAAUUAUUAAAGAAUUCUUUAAUGGUAAAGAACCAAAUAGAGGUAUAAACCCUGAUGAAGCUGUUGCAUAUGGUGCUGCUAUCCAAGCAGGUAUUAUAUUAGGUGAAGAAUUACAAGAUGUUGUUUUAUUAGAUGUUACUCCAUUAACAUUAGGUAUUGAAACAGUAGGAGGUAUUAUGACACAACUUAUUAAAAGAAAUACUGUCAUACCAACUAAAAAAUCACAAACGUUUUCAACUUAUCAAGAUAAUCAACCAGCAGUCUUAAUACAAGUUUUUGAAGGAGAAAGAGCAUUAACUAAAGAUAAUCAUUUGUUAGGAAAAUUCGAAUUAUCUGGUAUUCCACCAGCACAAAGAGGUGUUCCAAAAAUUGAAGUUACAUUUACUGUAGACAAAAAUGGUAUCUUACAUGUUGAAGCUGAAGAUAAAGGUACUGGUAAAAGCAGAGGUAUUACUAUUACCAAUGACAAAGGUAGAUUAUCCAAAGAACAAAUCGAAAAAAUGAUUAAUGAUGCUGAAAAAUUUGCAGAUGAAGAUAAAAACUUAAGAGAAAAAGUUGAAGCCAAAAAUAACCUUGAUAAUUAUAUACAAAGUAUGAAAGCAACUGUUGAAGAUAAAGAUAAAUUAGCUGAUAAAAUUGAAAAAGAAGAUAAAAAUACUAUCUUAUCAGCUGUUAAAGAUGCUGAAGAUUGGUUAAAUAAUAACUCUAAUGCUGAUUCAGAAGCAUUAAAACAAAAAUUAAAAGAUCUUGAAGCUGUAUGUCAACCAAUUAUUGUUAAGUUAUACGGUCAACCAGGAGGACCUUCACCACAACCAAGUGGAGACGAAGAUGUAGAUAGUGACGAAUUAUAA